CACAAGGAAAGGCGACUUCGUGAGGGCUGGACACGGGUCUGCCUGGAAGGCCCUGAUUGCGUCUUGUGAGCUAAAUGCAUACUUGAUCAAGACGCCUGGGACACACCUUUUGGUACCAGAAAAGUAUGUCAGUGGAUACACCGCCUCCAUUUCGCUACCGUGCUCCCAGCAAAGUACACUACAUGGACGCCGACUACCAGAAUAAAAUGGGCCCCAAUAUGGAGCCCUGGGCUAGCCCGGCUGGAGAGGAGGAAGAAGGACCUGCCGCCGGACAAGUGGUGAAGACGUUUCUUUCCGAGAGGCUGUCUGCUCACGCGAUACCAAGGAUCUUCAAAAGUCCGUCAAUGGUACGCCAGGUAGUCUGGACUCUGGUUUCUCUGUUAUUUCUCGGAUUACUCAUCUGGCAAGUCACGACAACUCUGCUGUCGUUUCUCACAUUUCCGAAAGCCACAAGUGUUGAGGUGGUGGACCAGACUCGGGUCCAUUUCCCGGCUGUGACCAUUUGUAGCCUCAACCCCCUGGUCAGAAGCCGAGCCAUGAACACACGGUGGAAAUCAGCGGCAGAAAUGGAGCCGUUCUACUCAGCUCCAGCUGAAGCUCCAACGACGCAGCAAACUUCCAUCCGUCGAAAAAGAGCGGCUGAGUCCACCACUACUGCCGCCUCUACCGAGUUCACCACUACCGCUGCUUCUACCGAAACCAGUUUCUACUCGGAUAUGUAUGACUCGUACUCUACCAUGGACGGUUCUACCACAACCGGUGGAUACGCUACGUCGUGGUACAGCACGGACGGCAGCGGUUCUACCAGUGACGGUUUCAGUGGAAGCACAGAAGGCAGUGGAUAUACGGAUGGGUAUGGUAGUGGAUCCACAGAUGCUUAUAGUGCAAGCACAGAUGGAGUGAGCGGAUGGGUUGAAGGCAGUGGAGAAGUCACAACAGAAUCAGGAACAACAUUCUCUUCAGAUCAAAGCACAACAAUAACGACUACCGAAGCGGCGACCGAAACGACCUCAACUGAAACAACAACUAUUGUACAACCAACCACCGUCACAACAACAACCGAAACAACAACGGAAGCCACAACAAUCCAAGCUACAACGACCCAACCGAGAACUACUACACAGACUACUACGACUACUACGACCACUACGACUACGACGGCGGUCUACACCUCUACCGUGGCCUAUUCUUCACCGGACUAUAACGCUACAACUUCCUCCUACAACUGGACCAGUCAGUGGGAUUAUGAUCCAUCGUACAAGACUGAUUUGGAGGAUAAUCUACAGGAACAGUUCUACCAGGCCGACAUAGAGAACUUCACCACCGUGCUCCAGGCCAUGAAAACUGUUGACGGAAGUGAGAUAGCGGACGUUUUCACCCCAUCACGAGACGAGAUUCUUCAGGCGGGUGUUCGACCUGAGGAAUUCAUUACUUCGUGUAGUUUCGAUGGGGAGGCGUGUGAUUACACGGAUUUCCACCAAUGGCAGAACGGUGUUUACGGGAACUGUUUUACAUUCAAUUCCGUGUUUUACAACGCUUCUGAAGACUUUGUGGACUUAUCCGGGAGAGAGCGGAUGAAGCACGUGAAAGUUACCACACACUACGGAGCCAGGUACGGCCUGCGUCUAAUGCUCAGCCCAGAUCUCGAGGAAUACAUCCCAGCAGUAACUCCCGGCCACGGAGUGCGAGUCUCGAUACAUCAUCCUCGUACAGUGCCGUUCCCAGAAGAUACUGGACUGAAUGUACCCAUCAACUCGAGGACGUCAAUACGAGUUACUAUGAACGAUAUAGCGCGUGUAAAGGAGCCACACGGAAACUGCACUUCGGAUGACGAGUGGAACAAACACUACGUGGGAGCCUAUACGUCAGAGGGCUGCGUUAACGUUUGCCUUGAGAAGCGGAUCAGAGACCGGUGUCACUGUAUUCGGAUGUUGAACACCAUACUUACCAACGGCGAUGACGACGAUAUGGUCCGGUGUAACCCCACCAAUAGCACACAAGACCAGUGCGUUGCGGUGGUCCGCGUCAACUUUCUACAGAACAAGGAGCCCUGUGUCUGCUUCAAUCCGUGCUUGGAGCGUCGUUACGACACAUCGCUGUCUUUUAAUGGCGACAACCACAACUUUUCGGACAUUCUGGCUCCUCUGAAAGAAGUGCUCAUCCCUAUGGAUCCUGUGAAGAUUCAUGUCUAUAUGGAGUCCCUAUCAGCCUCACUCAUCAAAGAAGCGCCGGCAUUCACGCCGUUCACCCUCAUUUCAAACAUCGGCGGCUCCUUCGGACUGUUCGUCGGUCUCUCGCUCGUCACCGUCGUCGAGAUCCUCGAGUUUCUCUUUGAUUUCUGCGUGAUGAUGGUCCCUCGUACCCGGCGCGCACAUGCGGCGAAAAAAGGCGUCGCGCCUGCCGCCUAGCGGCGAUGGAAGGAACUGUAAUGUGAUCAAGUCGAACACAGAUGGGCCUACUGCUAUGUUGUGGGGCGUGAUAUUUGUUUGAGAAGGUAGCGAGCUGUUAUUGAAAUUGAACUUUAUGUUGCUAGAAAUGCGUGGCUUAUGAGCGUUUGCUUUUAAUUUAUUAAUUCUUUUCGUUACAUUAUAUUAAUCAUUAGGAGGCGAUGAAUAAGGGCUCUUUUUAUUAACUAUUUUUAUGUGACCUGUGCCGUCAUUAAAUCGGAAUGGUGACAUUUUAUUGAUGUUUAUUGUUUGCUAGCCUUAAUGAGCUCUUGAUGUUUCGAUGAAAUAGGUUAACAGUUCCAUAAUUUUCUUCUUUACCUUCUUCACAUUGCUUUUGCAUCGCACCACUAAUUGUGCUAUAUCUUCAAGUGUUAUAAAUGACAGCCAGUAGUUUUAGGAUCAGGCGACCCUACGCACAUGUGUAUUGACCGUUGACGGGACAACCAAAGUGGAAAUGUAUCGAGUGCUGUUUGUUACCAUAUGACAAUGUCUAGCUAAUAAUCAUCUCUAGGUAUAAGUAUGCUUAUCGAUAAGUGUCUUGUUGUGUUGUAACACCUAUGCUGGUUAACGGGCAGUGCCUUCAGCGACGCAUUUACUGGUGUUGUGUGAUAUUUUAUUCUAUACGUCUCUAAGGACGUUAAGAGCGGUUCACAUCAGUGCCUUUUGACAAACUGUGAUACGUAGCAGCACGUACACUUAGCACGGUAGCAUGCUCGUGAUUAGGAGUUACCUAAGGUAUAGCAUAGCAAUAAAUGGCACGAUA